UUAACCGGUGUCGGUAAAUCUUUGACAGGUAAAACAAUUUCGAGCAAAAGUGGCCGCUUUUACGAGCGGCGAUGGUGCCACGGUGGUGAUGGAGGCCUUGCAGCAGACCUGAUGGUCGACUGGAGGCAGGCGAUCCUGACGCCGCCCGCCUACAGGGUCGGCAGCAGCACACUCCGCCUGCAGAUGCGCUUCGUGGCCGCCGUGGUGGCCGUCGGGGCCUUCCUGCUAGUGCUGCUCUACUUUUCCACCAGCAACCGAGGCCACCUGCGGCCCGCCGUGGUGCUGCCGCCGCCCUCGCCCUCGCCGCAAGAGGAGGCAGGCCCCAACCGGUCGUACCCUCUCACCCGGCCGCUGGUUGGCCGUGGGCAGCUCACUUACGUCAUCGGCAUCAUCGCCGACCUGGACACGGCCGCCGCCGAGGCUGACGGCCGCUCCUGGAAGUCGCUGUUCCUGCGUGGCCGGCUGACGUGGACGCCGGCCAGCAGGAGUGUAGCAGUUACCUGGGAUGCAAAUCCUUUAGACAUCAAAGGCCAACUGGCCGCUGGCGGCCGUGGCAUGGAGCUGUCCGAGCUGGUGACAUUUAACGGAAAGCUAUUGACCGCCGACGACCGGACUGGCGUAAUUUAUCAAAUUCUGGACCACGGCGGGCAAAAGCCCCGCGUUGUGCCAUGGGUAUUGCUUGCCGACGGCGACGGCCGUGCAGGCAAAGGCUUCAAGUCUGAGUGGGCCACCUGCGCCAACGGCCGCCUCUGGGUGGGCGGCCUCGGCAAGGAGUGGACCACGUCCAAGGGGGAGCUGGUCAACUACGACCCCAUGUGGGUCAAGCGCGUUGCUCCGGAUGGAGGCGUCGAGCACGUCGACUGGAGCAAGAACUAUGAGAAAAUCAGACAUGCCUGUGGAAUCUCAUUUCCAGGCUACUUAAUCCAUGAAGCAGUCAAUUGGAGCGAGCGCCACAAGCGAUGGUUCUUCCUGCCAAGGAGAGCCAGCAAGGAGAGGUACGACGAGGAGAAGGACGAGCAUAUGGGCACCAACCUACUCAUCACGGCCGACGCCGCGUUCCAGGACAUCCAGGUGUCCGAAGUUGGGCCAUUGGUGCCAAGCCACGGCUUCUCCUCCUUCAAGUUCCUCCCGGGCACCGAUGACGAGGUCAUCGUCGCCCUCAAGUCCGAGGAAGACCAGGGGAAGUCGGCCACGUACCUCACCGUCUUCACCGUCAAAGGAGAGGUGCUCUAUGCGGAAACCAAAGUCGCCGACAAGAAAUUCGAAGGCAUCGAGUUUAUUUAAACAGAACAGACUGCAAGAGAAGUGCUCAAAUUUUGUAGAACACUCGGAUUUUGAACAGUUUAAGUUGAAGAAAGUGUGGCCUUCGAAGAGACCUUUACGAGAGGCCAAAAUUGCAUUUCAAUGUCACUUUUUGUUGCAUUAUCUUUCGUCUGAGAUGUGAUACGCAUAAGCACUUAUAGUAUUUCCUACCAAUAAAAUUGCACGCCAUCGUUUUAGCUGAUUUUAAACA